AUGGCGUCCCUAGCCGUUCGCAUGGACUCUCAGGGUGUUCGCUUGCGCGGUAGGCUCGGCAGCUCGUUCGGGGGAGCUUCGGUUCUGGAGCGGCCUGGAUUGGACCAAUCAGGAGGAGCGGACGGCGCUCCGAAGACGGACGCCGGUGGAGAGAUGGGGCAGCUGAAGCAGCGGAUGCGGAAUGGAGGCGGAGAUCGGUACCGCGUGCUACUGUUGGACCACGAGAAGCACACCGAGGAUAGAGUGGCGAAGGUACUGCCAACAGUGGUGCCGUCAGUCACGGUGGACGACGCGCGGCGGGUGUUCAACGAGUCCAGAGAGCUGGGUCAGGGGCUCGUCUGCGUCGCCAUCAAGGAACAUGCUGAGUUCUAUGCGCAGCACAUGGCGAUGAAAGGCCUGCGUUCAACUAUUCAGCCGGAUGGCCUAGUCAUUUAA